UCUCAUACCCACGGGAUUUGUAAACUAUUCCUAUAUAAGGCAAUCUUCUAUCGCGAGUUUCAGUCGAGUUUUCGAAAAUGCUCUUUGCCAUUUUGCUGGGUCUUACCAUUGCUCGCACUGAAACGGCUAAUUUACCGAGCUACUUCCCGAAAUGUUACCAGGAUGAUCCGAAGAUAAACGAGUGCUUCGUUAACGCCGCCAACAGUUUGAAUCAGUACGUCAGAAAAGGGAUACCGGAAAUCGGUUUGCGUCCCUUAGAUCCGUUUGUCGCACCCCCUUUCACCAUGACACUCGAAUCUCCGAUCACCGAUUAUAACGCCACCUUAAGAGGUUUCACGUUUGAGAGAUUAUUCAAUUACCAGUUUAUAUCGGCCGAAAUUCGACCGAAAGAUGGCGUGGUUGGAGGCAAGCUUAUCCUGCCAGAUUUGGAUUUAAAGUCGAACUACACCGUCGAGGGUCACAUCAUAAAUCUGCCACUGCAAGGAGGCGGUUACUUCAAAAUUGCAAAUAGCAAAAUCGUGUGUGAUUUUUUGACGAGCGGAUGGCAGGAGAAGAAAAAUUGUAACGGGAUCAACUUGGAAAUUACCUGCAAAAUUGAAGAUCUCAAGGUGAACAUUACCGGAUUGGCGAAUGGAAUUUUUCAGAUAUGGUCGGCACUCUUUUAAACCUAAGCUCCCAGCUGGUCGCGUCGGAGCUUUCGCCGGCGUAUACCAACAUAUUUCGACCUUUUCUGAAGUCGUUCCUUACGCGGAUGUGCCGAAAGCACGAGUUCGAUGAUCUGUUUCCAUUGACGCCCUA